CGCACAUUAAACUGCGCGUUGCUGCACAUACCAGAGGCGCAGCUCGACAGCAAGAUUGCUACCCUCAAAAGGAACAUUGAGGAGAGACAUCCUUCUGUGCGUCUUGUGCUGCUGCUAUCUGAUCCCACAAUGUCUGUGCACAGGACUCCACUCUCAGACUGUGAGAUUUUCAUCUCAAGUUGGUAUUCAUGGGGAGCAGCAGUUCAUGUGCCCUCAGAUCAGUGUCGGGGAGGAUCGCUUCCCAGGUUUUUACAUCAUGUCCCAGUUCCACAUUGCAGAGCUAGCAAGAAGAGGAACAGUCAAAAAGGUCCCUGGAUCAUCUCCUCAGCAUGUUGCUUAUCAUAUAGGCCCCGCAUUCAACUUCAGGAUCAACACAAGAUCAGCCUAUCCUUUGGGACUUCCAGAGGAGUUUGCAUUUGCGGCCGUACUGCGCAUGAGUGGCAGCACCAUCAACAAAAAAUGGAACAUCUGGCAAAUGCAGGAUGUGAAUGGCAACGAGCAGCUGUCUGUCAGACUCAACGGACAGUCCAGGACUGUGGAGUUUACCUUCACGGCGCUGGACGGCGGGAGACAGACUGUUGUGUUCAGCUCUGUGUCGUCUCUUUUCAAUGACCAGUGGCACACGGUGCUGCUGGACGUCAGCAAGCGCUCCGUCACCCUUUUCCUGGACUGUGCCAUGAUCGGUUCUCAGAGUUUACCGCCACGACAGGAAGUCAGUCUGGAUGGCUUCACGUUGAUUGGAAAGCUCAAGGACAACUCAGUGAUGGCAGUUCCGUUUGAGCUCCAGUCGAUGCUGAUUCACUGUGACCUGACGCGAGCCCGGUCCGACGUUUGCCAUGACCUCCCAGCCAGGACAUCGACUGAUGUGACCGAGGUGCUGAGGAAUCAAGGAACUGCUGGCCCUCCUGGACCUGCAGGUGUCCCAGGAAUUGAUGGCAUCGCUGGGGAAAGGGGAGACGAUGGCGUGGAGGGCCCUUCUGGACCUGAUGGAGAUGCAGGUAAACCGGGCUCUUCGGGAUUACCUGGAAUUCCUGGGAACGAUGGUCUGACCGGCCCUAUUGGAGAUCCCGGGCCUGACGGUCCCCCCGGACAGAAAGGAGAACCAGGAAAACCUGGACCUCGUGGAACAACUGGUGUUGGGCAAGAUGGACCCCCUGGACCACCUGGGCCUGGAGGACUUCCAGGUGAAGUUGGAAAAGUUGGACCACCAGGGGCCAUGGGUGUAAGAGGACCACAAGGACCUCGUGGACCACAGGGGCCUAGAGGUGCAGCUGGAAUGCAAGGCACUGGCGACCUGUGCCCAGACUCUUGUCCACCUGGGACCUCUGGACAUCCCGGCCUUCCUGGGAUGAAGGGUCACAAAGGUGUAAAAGGUGAAGCAGGAGAACCUGGGAAACAAGGGCACAAGGGUGAGGAGGGAGACCAGGGAAGUCCAGGGGAGGUCGGAUCCCAGGGACCAACGGGUCCCCAAGGACUUCCUGGAGCCACAGGAAUGAUGGGCUCCAAAGGAGAGAUGGGUCCUCGAGGUCUUGAUGGAGACCCAGGUCCCCAGGGUGUUGCCGGGGCGACUGGAGAUCAAGGCCAGAGGGGUGUGAUGGGCGAGUCUGGGCCUAAAGGUGAAAUGGGUGCUCAAGGGAAGAGAGGAAUCACAGGCUUGCCGGGUCCUAAAGGAGAGGCCGGCUUGCCAGGAGUUGAUGGUCGUGAGGGUAUUCCUGGGAUGCCGGGAGCAAAGGGAUCCAUCGGGAAGGCAGGCGCUCCAGGAGAGGUCGGACUUCAGGGGCUUCCUGGUCUGCCUGGAUCACCUGGACCAAAAGGCUCGGGUGGCUCUAAGGGAGAUUCUGGUCAGCCGGGCUUACCUGGGACCAUGGGAUCUGCGGGUAAAACGGGUGAGCGUGGAGAGCAGGGAGAGGUCGGGCCUGUUGGACCUAUCGGUAAUCCUGGAGAUGUUGGAGAGCAAGGCCCCGAAGGUCCAGCUGGAAAGAUGGGUGCAAGGGGACCCAAAGGUGACCCCGGCUUGCCUGGUCUCCCUGGUCCUCCUGGUCUGCCUGGAGUGAAAGGAGAGAGGGGAGAACGUGGAGAGUCAGGACCCAAAGGAGAGCAGGGAGUGCAAGGUGAUGAAGGAACUGCAGGAGAAAAAGGAGAUGUCGGUGAGCCAGGAGAGUCUGGAGCUAAAGGAGAGGUCGGUAACCCAGGAGAGCCUGGCAGAAGAGGUCCUGAGGGUAGUCGAGGGCAGCCUGGCAUUGAGGGCCCGCCUGGCUCACCUGGACCACGGGGCAUGCAGGGAAACAGGGGAGCACCUGGAGUCAGAGGGUCUCAAGGUCCCGCGGGUAAAGAGCCCAGUGAUCAGCACAUCAAACAAGUUUGCAUGCGAGUCAUGCAAGAACAGCUAGCUCAGUUAGCGGCUAGUUUAAGAAGACCUGAGUCUGGCGUGGCUGGUUUACCUGGGAAACCUGGACCCCCAGGACCUCCUGGAGCACCAGGAGAUAAUGGCUUCCCUGGGCAGGCUGGUGCAAGAGGCCUCCCUGGACUCAAAGGGCCGCCAGGAGCUCUUGGAGCCAAAGGACCCAAAGGUGAAAUGGGAGACAAAGGCUCCAGAGGGCCCACUGCAAGAGGACCUAAAGGUCAGCCGGGACCUCCUGGACUUCCUGGCGAGCCAGGCAAACCUGGCUAUGGUCAGGAUGGUCGAGACGGGCAGAGGGGACCUCCUGGCUCUCCUGGGCAGCCUGGUGUACCUGGUCCUCCUGGAGCAGCUGGACCUAAUGGUUACUGUGACCCGUCAGCCUGUAACCUCCCGGCAGGAGCCGCCCAUCAGAGUCUGGAUGUGAAAGGACCUGCUGGGAACUAAGAGCCACUGUGGCAGAGACAGACAGACUGUUUGAUUAGCUCCCUCGAGCACACAACAUUUUUCACACCGUCUUCUAAGGGGCUGUGGCUGCAGCAGAGCCUUCAAUCCAGUAUCCUCCAGUCCUGUGAGCGUGUUUUGUGCAAGCUAAACAUCCAUCUCAAGGAGCCAGACUUUGCAAGAUUGGAACAACACAAACACUGUCAUUUUUAGCUGGUUGUGGAGUGUUUGAUAUUUCAAAGAUGGUGUUGUCACUUGUUUCGAGACAAUAUGAAAUGAUAAGAAAUGUUUAUUUAUCCCACUCGCGUGUACCUGUCAUUUUCUCCUCCUAAACUGUUUUCAGGUUGUUCAAGUUGACAUCUUCACUAAAAAGUAGGAUCAAAAAUCCACCAAAGAUAAAGAGAAUAAGGGUCAUGUUUGGUUUAUGUGCCUUUUUCAGCUGACUUUGAUUUAAAUCUGCCAAAGAUAAACCUUCUUUAUGUAAAUGUCUUCUUUUAACAUGCCUAGCAAUUCUAAAUAAAAAGGAGAGAGGAUGACAAUGUCACCAAGUCACACUGACUUCAGUUCAUGUUGUAAAUCUGUAAAAAAAAAUGUUUGAAUUGUGGUUAAUUAUAUUUCCUACAAAACAACCUGAUGUGAAAUUUUGCCUCAUUGUAUUGAAUGACAAUGAAUAAGAAAGUGUCAUUGAUGUUACAAAUAAUUAAAUAAUGUUUAAUUUA